AGCAGAUGAAAUUAAAUAUUUUAUGUUGGCUGUUUUGGGAAAUUAUAGCAUUAGUAGUUUAUGAAUUGGUUUUCAUAAUUUCUUCUUAUUUAUGAAUCCAUUUAUUGCUAAGAAAACAAAUCAAGCUUAUGAAAGAAAUGCCAUCAACGUAUAUGUGCCAUCAAAUAUAAAUAUGGGGUGGAGACUUGUAUAGGACAAUUGCCUCUAUAAUUAAUUAAGAAGAAGUCUUAGAUAUAAGUAUCUCUAUAAUUAAUCGUUUUAAUAGAUUUUUUCGUAAAAAUAAUGAAAUCAACCAUUCAAAAAAAUUUUUUUUGAUUCAUUUUUUUCUUUUGAAAAUUUUCCUCAUCAUAAUGUUUAGCCUAAAGGUGUUUUUUUUCUCAAAUUCUUUUUGUAAUUCAUUGAGAGAAAAUAAUUAGAAAACUUUGGUAAAACUUUCAUAAAAAUACAGAUCCAGGUAUUUAUCAAUUAAAAUAUAAAUAGUUGCCAAUAACUAUGGUUCUUUCCUUAAAGAAUCAUCCAAGGAUUUGCCCAUUUUAUAUUAAUUUUUAAGUGA